AUGUCGCAAUCGUCAUCGUCGUUUUCUAAUGGAUGGGCGAUCGACACUGCGCCUGACCUGCAGAACUCGAGUGAUAAGGACUACCACCCGGUGUUCAAGGCAUUUCUCGCCGGUUCCUUCUCCGGGACCUUUAGCGCUGUACUGUUCCAGCCGCUUGACUUGGUGAAGACUCGUCUACAGAACCCGUCUCAACAUGUUGUUGCGGCGACUGUCAACAGCCGAAUCCAACCCGGGAUGAUGACGAUCUUCACGAACAUCAUUCGACAGGAACAAAUUGUGGGACUAUGGAGGGGCAUGGUUCCUUCCAUCGCUCGUUGCGUUCCCGGCGUGGGAAUCUACUUCUCCUCUCUGCACUGGUUGAAAGCCAAAAUGGGCAAAACCAAGGGCGACUUGGGCGCCUUGGAAGCAAUCACGUUGGGAGUUUUUGCAAGAACCAUGAGUGGCGUUGCGUUAAUACCCAUUACUGUGAUCAAAACUAGAUAUGAAUCUGGGGUGUACAAAUACAACAGCUUGGGUGGUGCCUUGAAGGCCAUUUACAAAGCGGAAGGCAUCCGAGGCCUUUCCUGUGGUCUGGGCCCAACCCUCGCCAGAGAUGCACCUUUCUCUGGCCUGUACCUCAUGUUUUAUUCGCAAACCAAGCAAAGUGUACCUAAAGAAUGGAUGCAGUCGCCUGGUGCAGCCAGUGCCGUCCACUUCAGCUCCGGUAUAGUUGCCGGGAUCGCUGCGUCUCUGGUAACCAACCCAGCUGACGUGCUCAAGACCAACAUGCAGUUGUACCCUGACAAGUUCCCCAACGCAUUCAGCGCGGCUGUAUAUGUACAUCAGACAUACGGCGUAAAAGGUUACUUCAAGGGUGCUGUGCCAAGAAUGUUGCGCCGCACACUGAUGGCUGCGAUGGCGUGGACCGUCUUCGAAGAAGUUACUAGAACAAUUGGCUUGAAAUGA